GUGAGUGCUGCUGAUAGCACAGUGCUUCUGUCUCAGCACAGUGGAGAGCGACCAGCACCCUCAAAGCAUCUAUAGACAGGCUGAGCGUCAGGGGGGUGUUCUUUUCUCUGUAGAGGCGCGCCUCCAUCCUUUCUCAUCUUUGACCUCCCGAGUGACAACAGAUGGACAAGAUGAACCACAGCUCAGCAGAGGCUGAAACCAUAGAACCGCUGCGUUACCUCAGUAAAGACGAGGCCAGUGCGAUUGAGACAGAACUGCUGCGGGACUACAGGUUUGGACAACAGCAGCUGAUCGAGAUUUGGGGACACGCCUGUGCUCUUGCCAUCUCGAAGGCCUACCCGCUCAACUCUUUAGCAAAGAAGCAGCCGACAGUGCUGGUGAUCUGCGGACCAGAGCAAAACGGUUCCAUCGGCCUGGUGUGUGCACGACACCUGCGCAUUUUUGAAUAUGAGCCCACCAUCUACCACCCAAAGCGAUCCUCUCACAGUCUGCACCAGGAUUUCACGGUUCAAUGCGAGAAGAUGGACAUCCCUUUCCUCUCAUAUCUACCCACAGAGGUCCAGCUCAUAAACGAUGCCUACAACCUGGUGAUUGACGCCAUGCUGGGACCCCAGGAUGACUCUGUCGACAUUAAGGAGCCUUACUCUGGGAUUCUGGUCACUCUCAAGCAGGUCAAAAUCCCCAUAGCUAGUGUGGACAUGCCCUCGGGUUGGGAUGUUGAGGAGGCAAAUCAGGACGGGAUAAGCCCAGAAGUGCUCAUCUCGCUGACAGCACCAAAGAAGUGCGCUAUGAGUUUCUCGGGCAAGCAUUUCUUGGCCGGACGCUUCCUGCCUUAUGAUAUCCAGAAAAAGUACGACCUCAACCUCCCGGAAUACCCGGGCACAGACUCUCUCAUCGAACUGUAACGCAUGGGGAAACAAUUUGAGAGCCAGUUAGUCCAUUCCCAUUGUUUUGCACAUCUUUACAGAUGAAAACGUCUCAUUUGUGUGUUUCAGGAUUUAGCCGCAUUUGCUGUUCAGGGACGGUAGGGGGAUUUACAGUGAACCUGUGACCUGAUAUCUUUUUAGGGAGGUGUUUCUGUGUCAGUCUCUGCAUAAGAAGUGUAGCAUUAUACAUUUUGGGUUUGGAUUGUUUGAUACUGAAGUGUGCUACUGUUUAUUUUGUUUGUUUA